AUGACGGGCGACAAGAGCUCGCGGACGAAGAAAAAGGCGGCGCCCAAGACGUGCGUCACCGAGUGGCCGUCGACGAACCCGUCGUCCUGCUCGCGCUCGGUACCAGCGCAGACCAAUGAGCGGCUGCAGCAGCUCGUGGCGCCGCAUUUGGAGUCGUUCAACUUUUUCCUCACAGAGGGUCUGGACUUGGCGGUGGCCGACAUGGGCAAAGUGCCCAUUGAGCUGCCGAACCAGCACCGCAUGGACCUCUGGAUCGAGAACGCACAGGUGGGGUACCCUACGACCGAGAACCAGAUCACGGGCGAGCAGAAGCUCUUGCCCAGUGAGUGCCGGCAGCGCGGGGUGUCGUACACGGCGCCGCUAGUUGUCACUUUGGCGCGCGCGUUCAGUGGCUCGCAGAACGUUGAGCGCAUUCAGCGCGUCGUGGGGGAGAUCCCCAUUAUGGUGCGCUCCAAACGCUGCCACCUGAACGGCAUGACGCCGGCUCGACUUGUCAAGGCGCAGGAAGAAGCCAACGAGAUGGGGGGAUACUUUAUAUGCAACGGUAACGAGCGCUGCGUGCGUCUGUUGCAGAUGCCGCGGCGUCACCAUAUCAUGGCUGUCCGUCGUGGCGCUUUUGCCAAUCGUGGAGACCUCUACACGGAGCUCGCGGUGUUUAUGAAAUGCGUAAAGCGCGACCAGACGGCUGUGACAGUCACUGUCCACUACUUGGAAGAUGGUAAUGCUACUGUGCGUUUUGGAGUGCGGAAGCAGGAGUUUAUGAUUCCAGUGGGCUUGGUGCUGAAAGCGCUCUAUCCGCUGACAGACCGUGAAAUUUACGAACGUGUGUUGCGGGGCGACCACGAGAACACGUACCUGUCUGCGCGUGUGGAACUGAUUUUACGGGAAGCGAAGAAGUUUUCGUUGUACUCGCGUGAUGAAGCGCUGGCGUAUCUGGGUAAACACUUUCGGUUUGUGAUGCCGUACGUGUACGACAACAUGAGCAACGUGGAAAUUGGCAGCAAGCUCCUUGACGAAUUUCUGUUCGUACACAUUCCAAAGGGUGAGAAGGGGCGCACGCAGAAGGUAGAGCUGCUGUGUCUUAUGUUGCGAAAGCUGUAUGCAUUUGCAAAGGGAGAUGUUCCAGAAGACAACUCGGAUUCUGUCAUGAACCACGAAUUGCUGCUUCCUGGACACCUCUAUCUGAUGAUUAUGAAGGAGAAGCUGCAGGAGUCGCUUGUAGCGAUACGUGCCAAUAUCUUGAAAGAGACGCUGAGCAAGAAGAAGAGUGUAGUGAUGGAUCAGGUGUUCUUGCGCAAAAUGUGGGACCGCACCCCCAACAUUGGUAAUGCAAUGACCUAUUUUCUCAACACAGGCAACCUUCGCUCGACCAGCGGUCUCGAUCUGCUGCAAAUCGCAGGGUACACCAUCGUCGCGGAGAAGUUGAAUUACUACCGCUACUUCUCCCACUUCCGUUCCGUUCACCGUGGUCAAUUUUUCACCGAAAUGAAGACAACAGCCGUGCGCAAGUUGCUACCCGACUCGUGGGGUUUCUUAUGCCCUGUACAUACUCCCGAUGGGUCACCUUGUGGUCUGCUGAACCAUCUAGCUGUCGAGUGUCAACUCGUUUGUCACCCGGCGUUUCAGGCCGAUGAUUAUUUGCAGCAAGAGGUGAAGCUUUGUCGCUUUUUGGCAAGUCUCGGUAUGAUUCCCACAUCGGGUUAUGCUGAUGGCGCAUUGAUCGCUCCGUACUCGUACCUGCCCGUGAUGAUGAAUGGUAAGGUAUUGGGUGGUGCGCCCGCAGAGGUUUGCAAGCGGAUUGCAGGCGUGUUGCGCAAGAUUAAGUCAGCAGAGAGCUCGGAAGAGCGGGAUGCUAACGGCAUUGUACCAAAUCUGGAAGUGUGCCUGAUCCCGCCUACACGUGGUGGACCCUUCCCAGGGUUGUAUCUGUCGGCCGAUGCUGCGCGCAUGUCGCGUCCAGUAGUGCAGAUGGACACCAAGCGCAUUGAGUAUAUCGGUCCAAUGGAGCAAGUGUUUAUGGACAUUGCGUGUACGGAUGAUGACAUUCGACCAGCCACGACACACAAGGAGAUCAAGCCCACCAACAUGCUUUCCCUUGUGGCGUCUUUGACGCCGUUCUCCGACUACAACCAGUCUCCUCGUAACAUGUAUCAAUGUCAAAUGGCGAAGCAGACCAUGGGCACGCCUGCCCACUCGAUUGUGCACCGUUCGGACAAUAAGAUGUACCGCAUCCAGUCUCCUCAGAUUCCCAUUGUGCAAAAUGAGCGUCUGCGUGACUACCAGCUCGAUGAGUAUCCGUUGGGCACGAAUGCUGUUGUCGCCGUGAUUUCGUACACUGGUUUUGAUAUGGAAGAUGCUAUGAUUCUGAACAAAUCCUCGUACGAGCGAGGAUUCGCACACGCCUCUGUGUACAAACAGCUGGUUGUGGACAUCGGCUCUAGUGGCAAGCAAGGCAGCACGACGUCGAAGAAGUACUUCUCGAACAUUAAGCCUGAUGGGGGCGGUGGAUUUUGCUCCACGAAGUUGGAUCGCGACGGGUUCCCGCACAUCGGCCAAGUUGUGAACAACGGCGACCCUAUUGUUAGCUGGAUCGAUGAGACCACGGGGCUACCUUCUUUCCAGAAGCACAAGGAGACCGAACCGGCAAUCAUCGAUCAGGUAAAUAUGAUCGGCAGCUCAUCGCAGGCGUCUGAGUUCACGAAGGCUAGCAUCAAGCUGCGUUUCUGCCGUAACCCGACGAUUGGCGACAAGUUCUCAUCACGUCACGGACAGAAGGGUGUGAUGAGUAUUCUGUGGCCCCAGGCCGACAUGCCGUUUUCGGAGUCUGGUCUUUCCCCCGACAUCAUCAUCAACCCGCACGCCUUUCCGUCGCGUAUGACCAUCGGUAUGCUGAUCGAGUCUAUGGCUGCCAAGACGGGCGCUCUAAAGGGCAAGUAUAUGGACGCCACGCCAUUCCAGUUCAGCGAGAAAGACCGCGUCAUCGACUACUUUGGCGCGCAGUUGAAGGAGCACGGCUACAACUACAUGGGCAGCGAGCCGCUGUACUCUGGCAUUUCUGGCACGCUCAUGCAGGCUGACAUUUACAUUGGCGUGGUGUACUACCAGCGUUUGCGUCACAUGGUCAGCGACAAGAGCCAAGUGCGCGCCACGGGUCCGAUGAACUCGCUCACGCGGCAGCCAGUAAAGGGUCGGAAGAAAGGUGGAGGCAUUCGUUUUGGCGAGAUGGAGCGCGAUUCGAUGCUUGCGCACGGUUGUGCGUUCCUCCUUCAAGACCGUCUGAUGAACUGUUCCGACAAGCACAUUGCUACUGUUUGCACGAAGUGUGGCAGUCUGCUGUCGAACGCAACCCAGCGCGCGACGGUCGAGACGGCUGGUCAGGGGGAGAUUGCUGUCGCGAUGAAGUCCAAGACUCAGUGGUACUGUAUCGUUUGCCAAACGGGUGAUGGCUGCCAGCCCGUCGCCAUGCCUUACGUGUUUCGCUACCUGGCCAACGAGUUGGCCGCAAUGAACAUCAAGAUGAAUCUCACGUUGAGGAGUUGCUGA